AUGAAAUUUGAGACAAUCAGUUUUACCAGUUUGGACUGCUGCGCCCAGGACGGAACAAGCUACAAGAGUGAUCUCGGUCUGUACUACACCUCCGACAGUCCGUACACAUCUAGUGGAGUUACCAAGCAAAUCUCUUCCGACUACUUGAGUAGCAGUAUUGCACAGAUCUACCGUAGAGUAAGAAGCUUCCCACUGUACACAAGGAACUGCUACAGUCUAGGCCCCGUGACUUCGGGCUCGAGAUACAUGGUCCGAGCUUCCUUCAUGUAUGGGAACUACGAUGGGUUGAGGUUGGUUCCAAAUUUCGACCUCUACAUGGGGCUUGACCUCUGGAACACGAUUCAGUUGGAUAAUGCAACUCAAGUUUUACGAACUGAGAUCAUCAAGACUGCUACCUCAACUUCCCUAUCAGUAUGUUUGCUUAAGACUGGCAACAGUACGCCGUUCAUAUCUGCCUUGGAACUUCGGCCAUACGAUGCUGUAUAUUCACCUGCCAAUGGGUCGUCGCUGGUGACGUUUAAGAGAAUCGACUUUGGGUCGACCACAGAAUCUAGGUUUCCUGCUGAUCCAUAUGAUCGCAUAUGGACACCAGACCACAACGCCUACGGGACUCCACUUAGCACUGAUCAGGAAGUGAAGGAGCUCUAUAGCAAGAGAUUUGGAUUGCCAUCUGCCGUUAUGCAGACUGCGGUGACCUCAUCUGGCCCCAUCACAAUCAGCUGGGACACAAAACCCAAUGCUCGCACCUAUAUUUUCAUGCAUUUUGCGGAGCUGAUAAAGUACAGAGGAAACCAAACCAGAAAACUCACAAUCACCAAGAAUACAAAAAGUUGGACAGACCCUUUUGUUCCUGAAUACCUCAGCGCAAUCUCCAUAUUCAGCACAGUGGCUGAAACUCUGGGAAGCUACUUAUUUUCAGUAGACGUUACAAACAAGUCUACUCUUGGUCCAAUUGUAAACGCACUCGAGAUCUAUGAAGCACGUGAUGUCACUGAAUCUGCGACCAAUGAACAGGAUGUGGACGCAAUAAUGGGAAUUAAAAACCAUUACAACCUGAAGAAAAAUUGGAUUUCUGAUCCAUGCCUUCCCCAGGGUUACCCUUGGGAUGGAUUGGGCUGCAGCGAUCAAAAUCUAUCAACACCAAGAAUAGUUUCCUUGAACUUAUCCGAAAAUAACUUGGAAGGACAAAUACCUGAUUUCCUUGCAAAAAUAACAAGUUUAAUAGUGCUGUACUUUUCUGGGCCAAUUCCAAGCACCCUCAAACAGGGGAUGGAUGAUGGAUCACUUUCAGUAAGGCUGGACAAUAAUACCCAACUUUGUCUGGACGGAGCCUGCAAGAACAAACACAAUGUUGUUUUGCUAGUGCUCUCCAUUUGUACUCCUACGAUAUUCAUAUUCGUUCUUGGAAUCAUUCUAGUUAUGAUCUUUCAGAGAAAGAAUAAUAUGAGACAGAACCAAGAUUCAAACAUCAGUGAUAACGACAAACUAAUAGGUGGCAGUGAUAACUUCCCGAGGAUGAUUGGGAAAGGAGGAUCUGGAACCGUGUUUUAUGGAAAGCUAAUAGAUGGCAGUGAAGUGGCAGUCAAGAUUUUGACCAGAACGACUUCAAAAGGAAGCAAAGAAUUUGCUGCAGAGAUCAAGUUGUUGACAAAAGUUCAUCACCACAAGUACCUGGUCUCUUUCCAUGGAUUCUGUGAGGAAGGAGAUAAUAUGAUUUUACUUUAUGAAUAUAUGUCUAGAGGAAACUUGAGGGAGUUAUUAUCAGGUAUCAACGCUGGAUGAUCAUUAUUUGUUUGCCCAGUGGUGCUUAGUUGGAAACAAAGACUGAAAAUUGCUUUAAACUCUGCCAAAGGGCUGGAAUAUCUGCAUUCAGGAUGUAGGCCGCCAAUCAUACAUAGGGAUGUGAAGACAAGCAACAUCCUUCUCAAUGGAAAUUCAGAAGCCAAAAUUGCAGAUUUUGGACUGUCGAAAAACUGUGCAGCCGACGACAUUACCCAUAUAACAACUUCAGUCUAUGGAACCCCUGGAUACGUGGACCCUGAGUAUUACUACACAAACAAACUUACAGAGAAAAGUGAUGUAUAUGGUUUUGGGAUGGUUCUUCUCGAGCUCAUCACAGGCCACCGUGCCAUAUUAACAUUGGAAUCGCGGCGAGUCCAAAUCCUCCAAUGGGUUACCCCCAAAAUUAUGAGGGGAGAUGUUGCGAGCAUUGUAGACCCUAGGCUCCAAGGCCAAUACAAGGUUAACUCUAUAUGGAAAGUUGUAGAGAUAGCUCUGACAUGCGGUGAAGAGAAAGCGAAUUAG